AUGACCCUGGAGUUUGAGAUCUAUAUUUCACAUUAUGUAGAAACUGAUGUGUUAGAGAAUCCAUUGACCUUGCUGUUUGGGAAAAAUAAAAACAGCCCUAAUUGCACCUUCAGGAGAGACAGCAAAGUUUUAGCAGUACUCACAGGAACUUCAAGCACAUCUGUCCCAAUCUUGACACUUCAGGACCUCUGCAAGCUUCCACAGUUACCCUAUGGAUCUUUUGAUCCUCUCCUGAGUGACCAUGGACAGUUCGGUGCUGUCAAUCAGAUAGCUGCCAAGUACUCAGCUCUAGCCCUGGUCAUAGUCUCCUUGAUGCUUCAAUUUGGCUGGACCUGGGUGGGACUGCUCAUAAUCAACGACAACUAUGGUGUGUGGUUCCUCUCAGAAUUGAGAGAGGAGAUGGACAAGAAUGGAGUCUGUCUUGCCUUUGAGAAUAUGAUCCUGACAAACAGCCCAUCAGAUUUAUCAACUGAUCAACCAAGAUACCGCCAGAUCAUGGAAUCCUCAACCAAUGGACACACUUUUGAUAUGGUCGUGUCACAAGAAAGUUACAAUAUCUACACCACCAUGUAUGCUGUGGCCCACGCCCUCCACGAGGUGCUUCUUCAUCACAGGGAAGAGCCACCAGCACAAACUGGGCCCCAGAUGCAGAGCCAUAGGGCAGAACGGGCUCUGUAUUCCUCUAGGACAGUGGUGGCCUUCCAGCAUCGUCUCCUGAUCACUUUCUCUGAAGAUGGCAGACGCAUUUGCACAGAGAAAUCUGUGGCAUGCAGCAGGGGAGAUGUGGUCAUUGCUGGAUUUUACUCCCUCUAUUCUUGGGAAUUGGUCGUUCAAGGCUUGGAUGACCCUACCCUGCAGCAACAGAAUAUUCAGAUCAACUUAAAGAAAUACCAACUGCUUCUCACCCUGCUGCUGGCUGUGGAAGAGAUCAACAAGAAUCCCCAUCUGCUACCCAACAUGACUCUGGGGUUUGAGAUCUAUACUGUACAUUACUCAGGUACUGAUCUGUUAGAGGAUCCACUCACCUGGCUGUCUGGGAGGAAUAAAAACAUCCCUAAUUACACCUGCAGAAGAGACAGCAAAGCUAUAGCGGCACUCACAGGAACCUCAAGCACAUUUGUCCCAAUAGGGACACUGCUGGACCUCUACAAACUUCCACAGUUCACCUUUGGGGCUUUUGAUCCUCUCCUGAGUGACCAUGGAAAGUUUGGGACUGUCUAUCAGAUGGCUUCCAAGGACUCAGGUCUAGCCCUGGCCAUGGUCUCCUUGAUGCUUCAUUUCAGCUGGAACUGGGUGGGACUAUUCAUCACUGAAGAAAACUAUAAUGUGUGGUUCCUCUCAGAAUUGAGAGAAGAGAUGGGCAAGAGUAGAGUCUGCUUUGCCUUUGAGAACAUGAUCACUUACAGUGUCCUUUCAGAUUACUCAAAUGAUCUAUCGAUGCAGCGCCAGCUAAUGGACUUAUCAACCAAUGUGAUUAUCAUUUAUGCGGACAGUAAAUUUCUACUGGGCUUCAUUCUUAAAUUUAGGCACUUUGUAUUUACAGGCAAAGUCUGGGUCAUGAACUCAACCUAUGAUGAUGUGACUAUUGCUAAAAGGCAUUUUCUGAUUGACUCUUUCCAUGCACCUCUUAUCUUCUCUCACCAUCAUAGAAACACUGCUGAGUUCACCAAUUUUAUUCUGACAGAGGCCUUCUCCAAGAACUCAGCAAAUAACUCCAUUCCCAGGUCAUGGAUUCAGUCUGUUUAUAGCCUACUGAUUAAGUCUGACUGCAGAGACUUGGGGCACUGUUCAUACAAUGCCACACUGCAUUGGUUGCUGAGGCACAUUUUUGACAUGACCAUGUCAGAUGAGAGUUACAAUAUCUACAAUGCUGUGUAUGCUGUGGCUCAUGCCCUCCACCAGAUGUUUCUUCAUUUCAUGGAAGAGCCAAGAGUGCACAAUGGGCAACUCACAGCAUUUCUCUCUUCACAGCUGCAUCCCUUUUUGAAGAAGAUCCAAUUUACCAAUCCUGUUGGAGAUCAAGUGGUUUUGAAUGAGGAAAGGAAAUUGGAGGCAGAGUAUGACAUUAAGAGCUUUUGGACUUUUCCAGAAGGUCUGGGACAAAAGGUGAAAGUUGGCAAGUUUUCUCCCUCUAGGCCACAUGGUCAACAACUGAUUUUAUUUGAAAAUCUGAUAGAGUGGCCCAUAGGAAUUACCAAGACUCCUCAGUCUGUGUGCAGUGAGAGCUGUGGUCCUGGAUUCAGAAAGACCUCUCUGGAGGGAAAUGCUACCUGUUGUUUUGAUUGCACUCCUUGCCCAGAGAAUGAGAUUUCUAAUGUGACAGACAUGGAGCAGUGUGUCAGGUGUGCAGAUCAUCAGUUUGCCAACAUCCAGAGAAAUCACUGCCUGAGGAAAACUGAGGGCUUCCUGGCUUAUGAAGACCCCUUGGGUAUGGCUCUGGCUUGCACAGCUCUUUGCUGCUCUGCACUCACAGCAGCUGUUCUUGGGGUGUUUAUCAAGCACCAAGACACCCCCAUUGUCAAGGCCAAUAACUGGGCCCUCAGCUACAUCCUGCUCAUCUCCCUCAUCUGCUGCUUCCUCUGCUCCUUACUCUUCCUUGGCCGUCCCCACACAGCCUCCUGCAUCCUGCAGCACACCAUAUUCGCAGUGGUCUUCACUGUGGCUGUCUCCACGGUCCUGGCCAAGACCAUCACUGUAGUUCUGGCCUUCACACUCACUGCUCCAGGGAGAAGCACGCGACAGUGGCUGCUGUUCUGGCUUCCUAACCUCCUCAUCCCCAUCUGCACUCUCAUCCAGGUGACCCUCUGUGGACUCUGGCUGCAAAUCGCUCCUCCCUUUGUGGACAAAGAUGCACAAUCUGAACAUGGGUACAUCAUCAUCUUAUGCAACAUGGGCUCCCUCACUGCCUUCUACUGUGUCCUGGGAUACCUUGGCUCUCUGGCCCUGGCCAGCUUCACCGUGGCUUUUCUGGCCAGAAACCUGCCUGACACCUUUAAUGAGGCCAAGUUCCUGACCUUCAGCAUGCUGGUGUUCUGCAGUGUGUGGCUCACCUUCCUGCCUGUCUACCACAGCACCAAGGGGAAGGCCAUGGUGGCCAUGGAGGUCUUCUCCAUUUUGGCCUCCAGUGCAGGUCUCCUAGGUUGCAUCUUUGCCCCCAAGUGCUACAUCAUCCUGAUAAGACCUGAGAGAAAUUCUUUCUCCAGGUUCAGGGAGAGAUCAGGUUCUGGAAGAAACAAAUUUUAA